GAUCCUGGUAAAGAUGGCGGAGCCAAACUCUGUCCCGAGUGAUCUCUAUAAAUGCGUUUAUUCUUUCCUGCUGGAGAACAAGUUCACCAAGGCGGCUCAGCAGUUCCUCAAGCAGACUAAAGUUAUUCCACAAGAUCAAAAUGAAGAAAGUCUGGUCAACAUCUACAACUUCUGGGUGAAGUCUCCUGAGGCCAGGAAACGGAAAGCAGCCCCAGCAUCAGUUAAUGGACCAUCAGCCAAGAAGGCCAGGCCCAAGGCAGAAAGCUCCAGCAGUGAGGACUCAAGUGACUCGGAGGAGGAGAAGAAGGCUCCUGCAAAGACUGCUCUAAAGGUUGCGCCUGCCGCUGCAGCGGGUAGCAGCACGAGGAAGAAGGACAGCAGCUCUAGCAGCGAAGAGUCGGACUCUGAAGAUGAGCAACCCGCCAAAACUCCUGCAGCAAAAGUUGUCGCAGCAGCCAAAGCAGUUGCUUCUGCUCAGAAGAAGCAGGAGAGCAGCAGUGAAGACAGCUCUUCUGACUCUGAGGAUGAACCACCAGCAAAGGCUCCUGCUAAAGCUGCAGCUCCAGUAAGCAAAGCUGCAGCACCAGUAAGCAAAGCUGCAGCACCAGUAAGCAAAGCUGCAGCUCCUGCUGAAUCCAGCAGUGAAGACUCUUCAUCUGAAGAUGAAACUCCACCAAGCAAAAAACCCAAACCAGGACCGUACAGCGCUGUCCCUCCUCCUGCCUCCAUCCAGAAGGCUCCUGCUGCAGCUGCUGCUAGCAAAGCCAAGGCCAGUGAGUCCUCAGAGAGCAGCAGCGACGACAGCAGUGAUGAGGAGGAGAAGAAGAAGGUGGCUGUAAAACCUGCUCCUGUGAAGAAAACCACCACAAAACUUCCAGCGACCAAACCUGCAGCAAAGAAGCAAGAGUCCAGUUCAGAGAGCUCCGAUUCAAGCUCAGAUGAAGAAGAAACCAAGAAGCCUGCAGCUAAAGCCACCCCGGCUAAGGCCACCCCGGCUAAGGCCACCCCGGCUAAGGCCACCCCGGCUAAGGCCACCCCGGCUAAGGCCACCCCGGCUAAGGCCACCCCGGCUAAGGCAGAGGACUCUGAGGAAGAUUCAAGUUCAGAUGAGGAGGAAGAGGAGGUGAAGAAACCUGCAGCAAAGACUCCUCCUGCCAAAUCUGCUGCUACUAAAGCUGCUGCGCCCAUCACUCCUGCUAAAAAGGAUUCUUCCUCUUCCUCGGAGGAUUCCAGCUCAGAGGAGGAACAGAAGGCAGUUAAAAAACCAGCAGCCAAACCUCCACCUGCAAAAACCGCUGCGGCAAAGAAAGACGAGACCUCGAGCUCAGAAAGCAGCUCUGAAGAUGAGGCUCCAGCAAAGCCGCCCAGUAAGGCCGCAACCCUGAAGGUCCAGCCUGCUGCCUCUAAACCCCCCACCAAGGCAGCAGAGACGAGCUCAGACUCAGAGGAUUCAUCUGAUGAAGAGGAUGAACCCCCAAAAUCUAAGCCAGCUGCUAAAGCAGCUGCUGCUGCCCCAAAGGCAGCUGCAAAGCCAGCUGCUAAAGCAGCUGCUGCUGCCCCAAAGGCAGCUGCAAAGCCAGCUGCAGCAGCAGACAGCAAACCUGCAGCAGAAAGCAGUUCGGACUCUGACUCUUCUUCUGAAGAUGAAGAACCAGCCAAGGCUAAACCAACAGCAACUAAAGCACCUACCCCAGCCUCAAAGCCUGCAGCUAAAACUGUGACACCUGCAGGAAAACAUGCAGCAUCCUCUGAAAGCAGCUCUGACUCUUCCUCUGAAGAUGAAGUAGCAGCUAAACCCAAGGCUGCAGUGACCAAAGCAGCAACCCCGGCCUCAAAGCCUGUGACUCCUGCAGCCAAAACUGGUAAACAAAAGAGCAGCUCAGAGUCUGACAGCUCAGAGUCAUCAGAGGAUGAAGCAGCCAAGAAACCAGCCACUAAACCUACUGCAGCUGGGAAGGCCACUAAACCUACUGCAGCUGGGAAGGCCACUAAACCUACUGCAGCUGGGAAGGCCACUAAACCUACUGCAGCUGGGAAGGCCACUAAACCUACUGCAGCUGGGAAGGCCACUAAACCUACUGCAGCUGGGAAGGCCACCAAACCUGCUGCAGCGAAAAAGGCAGAAGAAAGCAGCUCUGACUCUUCAGAUAGCUCUGACUCAGAAGAAGAAGCCUCUCCUGCUAAACCUGCAGCCACCAAUGGCAAAGCAGCGACUCCUAAAGCUGCAGCUCCAGUGGCGAAGGCAGCUGCUAAGCCUGCUGAGUCUUCGUCCAGUGACAGCAGCUCUGAGGAGGAAGCAGUUUGUAAAACUAGCCAAGUUAAAGCUGCUGCUGCAGCAAAGAGCAAGACGACGGCGGCAGCCAAAGCCGAGGAGAGCAGCAGCUCCUCAGGCAGUUCCUCAGAAGACGAGGCUCCGCGGAAAGCAGCCACGGCUCCCCCGACUCCCACAGCCAACAAUACAAAUGGAAAGAGGAAACGUGAUGAAGAGUCAUCAGAAAGUGAAGAGGAGGAAAAGGCAGCUGUAAAGACGCCAAAAAAUAAGAAAGUAACGACCACACCGCAGACUUUCCCCAAAGUCAACAAGAAGUCCUCCAACGUACCGUUUCGUAGAAUAGUCGAAGAACACGUAGAAGUUGAUCCCCGACUGGCAGAUAACUCCUUUGAAGCUAAGCAUGGAGCCAACGGAGACUGGGGACAGAAAGCUAACGAGGCUCUCAAGUUCACCAAAGGAAAGUCAUUCCGUCACGAAAAGACGAAAAAGAAGAGAGGGAGCUACCGCGGCGGAGCCAUUUCCACCACAGUUAACUCCAUCAAGUUUGACAGUGAUUGAUCUCUCUUAAUCCAGCUGUAACCCAGCUGUGUGCUCAGGAAUCUGUUAUUUGGUCCCUCAGCCCUUGGAGACAGUCUGACGAGCAUCACCUGAGCAACUGAGCCCGUCUGGCACUUAAUGUACUCAUCUACCUUUGGUCUUUGAUCUGAUUCGAGGUGUGAUAUUACUUAUGGCCACUAGGUGGCUGCAGGCCACCAAUUGAUGGUACAGAGCUGAAGCUUAUGUUAACCUGCCCCUCUGUCUCAAACGAUUCGUGUCCUGUAACUUUCAUUCUAUAGGUUUAAUUGUCAGUUAUCUCUCAGUGAAUGACAUCCAUCCGACCUAUCAGGCUUAGUAUGUGUUGUUUUUUUUUUGGUUUCUUUGUAAUGAAUCUGAGGUAUUGUUAAAUUUAGAUUUGAAGCAGGGAGUGUUUGGGCUUUUUUUCCCCUCUUACAAUCACAGUAAACAUUAAAGUUUUAUACUGUAUUUAUAGUGAAAUUUUAUUCCAUGUGGGAUUAUUAGAGCCACCAAUUUCUGCUCCAAGCCUUUUCUAAAGGAACUUUUGUUUUGAUCCUGUUUGUUUUGAUGUGAGAAUGCUCAUGUUAACCUUCCAUGUUGUUUAUUAGUGAUAAUGAAUUAUUUGUAAAACUGAGAGCUUUUCAGUGUAAUGUUGGAGCUUCUGGAUUUUUUUUUUAUUAUUCUAACUUUAAAUAAAAAUCUAACAUUGAAAUAA